AACAACAAAGGAAAAGGAAAAGACAAGCAAAUUAUUUAAAACACAAAUUUUGCUACUCUGCCCUGUUGCAAAUGGGGUAUUAACCACCUCUGCUUCCAGAUCCUAAUCUGUAAAGUGGGGAUAACAGUAUGUUUUUAAACUGGAAGUAUCUCCCAGGGUUGUUGUAAAGAUUAAAUUGAUUAGGUAAAGUGUUCAGAACAAUGUCUGGCUUAAUAUACAUUAGCUAUUACUGUUUUUGAUUAAGAAAUUUCAAGACUAACCAUAGAAGAAAAAAGAGGUCUGAGCAGAAUACAUCAAUAUGGGAGUCAUUAGGACAAAGGAGGUCAAGAAGAGAAAGCCCUGAACAACAACAAUGACAACAAAGGGCUCUGAAUAUACUUUCCAUAAUUUGUGAAAAUGAAACUAUAUCCUAGAAGCCAAAACACUUCUUUUUACAUUUAAGAGUUUACUGUUUGGUAGGUAACAUCACAUAAAAAUCUUUGCAUUGAAUGGCUUAUAUUUUUUAUUUUCCAAAAUGAAAAUAACCUUAUUGGAAUCUUUUUGGUUAUAAAUAUAUGUGUGCCAAAAUAUAUUAAAAAUCAUAAAAGGUGUUCUUAAAAUCCCCUCCCUUGCCUGAGAUGUGUUGUUUUUACUAAUAUGCUUUAAGACAUCUGUCCAUAUUGCAUUGCGUCUUUUAUUUAUUUUAUUUUUUAUUUUUAUUUUGAGAAAGAAAGAGAGCAUGAGUGGAGAGGAGCAGAGGGAGAGGGAGAAAGAGAGAAUCUUAAGCAGGCUUCACGCCCAGUGCAGAGCCCAACCUCACAACUGUGAGAUCAUGACCUGAGCUGAAAUUAGAGUCAGAUACUUAGCCGACUGAGCCACCCAGGUGUCCCUAUACUGCACCACUUUUUUUUUUUUUUUUUAAGUUUUAUUUAUUUUUGAGACAGGGAGAGACAGAGCAUGAACAGGGGAGGAUCAGAGAGAGGGAGACACAGAAUCUGAAACAGGCUCCAGGCUCUGAGCUGUCAGCACAGAGCCCGAUGCAGGGCUUGAACUCACGGACCGAGAGGUCAUGACCUGAGCUGAAGUCGGCUGCUUAACCGACUGAGCCACCCAGGCGCCCCUGCACCACUUUUAAAGAAAGCAUUUUGGAAUGUAAAGGUUAGGAAAUAAUUAUGAAUUGUUUAUGUUACAUAACUAAUAUUUCUAAACUAAUAGCAAAAGUUUUUGUUUUUUUUUUUCCUUUUUGCUAACUAGAUGGGAAUAGGGACGUGGAGAUGGAAGGGGGAAUGCUUGAGAGCAUUAAAUUUGAUUAAGUUUUCUUUCUUCCCUGCCUCUCGCCAUCACAUUUUUAUUCCAACUUCCUCUGAAAAAUCAGGGCCACAGUUAGACAUUGAAUUACUAUCCCAUUCAUUGUUCUUCCUAACUAGACGUAGGUAGGGACAGGAAACAUUGUGAGCUUGGGCAAGAGGAACAAUUCAAUGGCUUCUAAUUCUAUCCUGUAACUAUUGUGAUGUCAUACUAAUGGAUUAAAAUUCUUUAAGAAACCUGUAAUGAGAAGAUUCCAGGCACUAUUAUAAAAUGGUAGAGAAAUAGUCUAGGGACAAUGUUCAAAUGCAGUGAUUCCUCUCCUGAACUUUCCCUGAUAGUCUUUCCCCAUUCACUCUACCCUUCAUCUCGACUUCUGAGACACUGACAAGUUCUAUAGAAACUCAGAUUGUGAAAUGUUUCAUUUUUAUCUAUCCUGAACCAAUUUUUGACAGCAGGAUAGAUGACUGGGCUAAAAUCCUAGGCAACAUUUAAUGUACUUUCAUCUUCUGAAAAUGAGGGAGAGAAGAGCCAAGGGUGAAACUAAGAGGUGUGGGGAAAAUUUUUGUUGGGGAAGUCUUUUGUUUCUGUUCUAAAUCAUCCCCACUGUUACUUAUGACCCUAUUGAUUAUUGGUGGUUUCGAGUUAGUUUCAUGAUUGCCACACACUGGAAAAGGCAGCGUGUCCAAAGCCUUACACAAUAAAUCUGAGAUAACUCCCUCUCAGUGAAACUAAUGCUACAAAUUACAGAAAUACAGUAGCUCAGAAGAGAAAGAAGCUUGGGGAUGUGGAAGAAGAUGAAGCAGCAUAACAUUUUAUCUUGCCAAGAACAGAAUUCGGGAUCCACUUUUACUCUUAGGUUUUGGAGCCCUCUCUUGCAUCAGAAUUCUGUCCUCCUAAUCCUCUGAGUGUCAUCUCAGGAUCCUGGGCACACUCAUGGCACGAUGGCCAACCCUCAGGAGCACCUGAGCUGCUCCUCUUCCCCACACUUACCCUUGAGUGAAAACAGAACCUUCAAUGGACUACAAGAUGAGCUCACACCUACGGGGAGCCACCCUUCACCCAAGCUUCUUAAGGACCCGCAGGAAAAGGGGGGAGUACACGCAGAGCUAACCGAGAACAUGAACAGCCCCAUCACCACAACAGUGUUGACGAGUGUGAGCGAAGAUUCCAGGGACCAGUUUGAGAACAGCGUUCUUCAGCUAAGGGAACAAGAUGAAUUGGAAAUGGCCGUGUCUCAGGGGAACAGCAACACCACGGACAGAGAGAGCACAAGUGGAACCGAAGACAUCAAGAUUCAGUUCAGCAGGUCGGGUAGCGGCAGUGGUGGGUUUCUGGAAGGACUAUUUGGAUGCUUGAGGCCUGUAUGGAAUAUCAUUGGCAAGGCAUAUUCCACUGAUUACAAAUUGCAGCAGCAAGAUACUUGGGAAGUGCCAUUUGAGGAGAUCUCAGAGCUGCAGUGGCUGGGUAGUGGAGCCCAAGGAGCUGUCUUCUUGGGCAAGUUCCGAGCGGAGGAGGUGGCCAUCAAGAAAGUGAGAGAACAGAAUGAGACGGAUAUCAAGCAUUUGAGGAAGUUGAAGCACCCUAACAUCAUCGCUUUCAAGGGUGUUUGUACUCAGGCCCCAUGUUACUGCAUCAUCAUGGAAUACUGUGCCCACGGACAACUCUAUGAGGUUUUGCGAGCUGGCAGGAAGAUCACACCCCGAUUGCUAGUGGAUUGGUCUACAGGAAUUGCAAGUGGAAUGAAUUAUUUGCACCUCCAUAAAAUUAUUCACCGUGAUCUCAAAUCACCUAAUGUUUUGGUGACUCACACAGAUGCAGUAAAAAUUUCAGAUUUUGGUACAUCUAAGGAACUCAGUGACAAAAGUACCAAGAUGUCCUUUGCUGGCACAGUCGCAUGGAUGGCACCAGAGGUGAUACGCAAUGAACCUGUCUCUGAAAAAGUCGAUAUAUGGUCUUUUGGAGUGGUGCUUUGGGAGCUGCUGACAGGAGAGAUCCCUUACAAAGAUGUGGACUCUUCAGCCAUCAUUUGGGGUGUUGGAAGCAAUAGCCUACACCUUCCAGUUCCUUCCACUUGCCCUGAUGGAUUCAAAAUCCUUAUGAAACAGACAUGGCAGAGUAAACCUCGCAACCGGCCUUCUUUCCGACAGACGCUCAUGCAUUUAGACAUCGCUUCUGCUGAUGUUCUUGCCACCCCACAAGAAACCUACUUCAAGUCUCAGGCUGAAUGGAGAGAAGAGGUGAAAAAACACUUUGAGAAGAUCAAAAGUGAGGGAACCUGUAUACACCGAUUAGAUGAAGAACUGAUUCGGAGGCGCAGAGAAGAGCUCAGACAUGCUUUGGAUAUUCGUGAACACUAUGAGAGAAAACUUGAGCGGGCUAAUAAUUUAUACAUGGAACUGAGUGCCAUCAUGCUGCAGCUGGAAAUGCGGGAGAAGGAGCUCAUUAAGCGUGAGCAAGCAGUAGAAAAGAAGUACCCUGGAACUUACAAACGACACCCCGUCCGUCCAAUAAUCCACCCCAACGCCAUGGAGAAACUCAUGAAGAGGAAAGGUGCGCCUCAUAAAUCAGGGAUGCAGACCAAACGGCCAGAUCUGUUGAGAUCUGAAGGUAUCCCCAGUAUGGAGGUGGCUCCCGCCGCAUCCCCUUUGUCUGGAAGUCCCAAAAUGUCCACCUCAAGCAGCAAGAGCCGAUAUCGGAGCAAACCCCGCCACCGCCGAGGGAAUAGCAGAGGCAGCCAUAGUGACUUUGCAGCGAUCUUGAAAAACCAGCCAGUGCAAGAAAAUUCACCCCAUCCCACUUAUGUACACCAAGCUCAAUCCCAGUACCCUUCUUCCCAUCACCAUAAUCCUCUGCAGCAGCAAUACCAGCAAUGCCCUCCUGCCGUGCCUCAGAGUCACCAUCCCAGACUCAACAUGCACGGACAGGACAUUGCAACCUGCGCCAACAACCUGAGGUAUUUUGGCCCAGCAGCAGCCCUGCGGAGCCCACUCAGCAACCAUGCUCAAAGACAGAUGCCUGGCUCUAGCCCUGACCUCAUCUCCACAGCCAUGGCGGCAGAUUGCUGGAGAAGUUCUGAGCCUGACGAGGGCCCAGCUGGCCCCUGGGGCUGUUGUCAGGCUGACCCUUAUGACCCCUGCCUCCAGUGCAGGCCAGAACGGUGUGGUUCCUUAGACAUACCCUCUGCUGAGCCAGUGGGGAGGAGACCCGACCUUUUCAAGUCACCAGCACACAAUCCCCUCUCGGAAAAUGCCCAGGGUUCUGAGAAAAUGGAAGAAAAUGAAUUCAAAGGCUGUAGGUCUGCAUCAUCCCUUGGCAUCCCUCAUCACGUCACCCCCGCAGUGCUACCUCGAAACACAAGGCCCCUGCAAAAGAGUGGAGAUGACUCCUCAGAAGAAGAAGAAGGGGAAGUAGAUAGUGAAGUUGAAUUUCCACGAAGACAGAGGCCCCAUCGCUGUAUCAGCAGCUGCCAGUCGUAUUCAACCUUUAGCUCUGAGAAUUUCUCUGUGUCUGAUGGAGAGGAGGGAAAUACCAGCGACCACUCCAACAGUCCUGAUGAGUUAGCGGAUAAACUGGAAGACCGCCUGGCGGAGAAGCUAGAUGAUCUGCUGUCCCAGACGCCAGAGAUCCCCAUUGAGAUAUCCUCGCAUUCAGAUGGGCUCUCUGACAAGGAGUGCGCCGUGCGCCGCGUGAAGACGCAGAUGUCUCUGGGCAAGCUGUGUGCGGAGGAACGUGGCUACGAGAAUCCUAUGCAGUUUGAAGAAUCGGACUGUGACUCUUCAGAUGGAGAGUGUUCUGAUGCCACAGUCAGGACCAAUAAACACUACAACUCUGCUACUUGGAGUAUUCUCAAGAAUUCAUGCAGAACACGUGGCUUGAGGGAAAGCCUUGGCAAGAUUCUUGGCCACACCAAAUCAAAACCCAGCAGAGGAUGCCCAACAGCAACGGUUCUGGUAAGAAAUGACGAGUUAGUCCUGUACGGUACAGGAUCCCAGAGAUGGUCAGUGUAGGUGCCAAGGUCCUGCUGUACUUGGAA